UGGUCUUCUACAGGUGGGCUGUGUUACCUGUAGAGACGUCUGCACUCCUUUCAAACGCCGCUCAGAUGAGCAGGAUUCUACCGAUCGUUAAAAAGAACAUCAAACCCAGGAAGGAAGCUAACUGAGGAUCACUUUAUUAACCUACUUUACAGUUACAUUAAGGAAUUAACUCGGACAUAAGUGACAAAACAUUUUAAGGAUUGUGUUAAAAUCACGCAGAAUACACAGCGGUUGCUCUUCAACAGAAUGCUACAGUCUUGUGGGAGGGGCUAGUUUCACCGACAGGUAACUCUGAUUAUCGGUACACUUGCACGCGAAAAACAGGUUGUGAAUCCGGUCCAGCUUUCUCUUGAGCCCUCCAUCAUGAAGUUUCCUGCACUGCUGUUGGGUUUUGUCUUGGUGUGUAGUAUGGUUAUCGCUGGCUACAUCCACUCCAGACGAAAGCAGGAGACGCAACUGAGUAAACAGGCUUCAUUUACAGAUAUCAAGUUCAGAGUGACCAGAGAUGUUCUGGGAGAAUACCAAGAUCAGCUGAUCCAGUCCAAAACACUGCUGGAAAAGACUAAAAAAGAGGUGGACAGUCUAACCAAAGACCUGUCCGUAGCCAAGACCUUUGUAGAGAAGAAAAAAAGUGACAUUGCUACAUGUAAAGGAGAGACGAAACGAAUAACUGAUGAAACUGCUGCUGCAGAGUCAGAAAAGAAACACAUCCAGAGUGAGUUCGUAAAGGAGAAUUCUCAUUGGGGAACAGAGGUUCAAUCGCUAAAAAAACAAAUGGAGCAGUUGAGCACACUUUGCAAGUACAUCGACAAGACCUCUGAGGAGGGAAGGAAACUGUGUAAAAUAACCGAUGAGCCACAACAGCCAGAGGCAAAGCCCAAGGAGAUGCAAGCGGAAAAACCCAAGCCCGAGGAACCGAAACCAAAGGAACCAAAAGCUGAGGAGUCCAAAGAUAAACAGCCAAAAGUAGAUGUGUAGUGAAGAAAAACCAAGUGGAUGAGUAUGUGUGUGUUAGGGGAGUGGAGAGCAAUACCACAUCAGCGUCCGCUGGAGAAUUGAUAGGACGAUUAACUAACCUGAACAUCUUGCUUGGGUUGAUCUCCAGCAUUCCUCAGGCAUCCCUGAAAUGACACACUCUUUGGCUUCAAGAUUUGACUGACAGCAUCGCUUGUGGUCUGUCAUAUUUCUCCUGUCUUUAUGAGGAACAUGGGAUGAUGCAUGGGUAUUGUCUAUAUAUCAAUUGAAAUUUGAUGUCCACUUUACCCACAAAUAAAUUAUGAAAAACAUGUAUUCAUUUUUUUUAAAAACUCAAUUUCCUUUUUUUUUUUUUUUUUUCAGAAAAAGAGUGUUGGGUUUCUUUGCUUUCUGGGUGUGUUUGAUUUUUUUUUUUUUUAAUUGUAAUUAUUUUUAAAAAAAUUAUUAUUUAUUUAUUUUUCCCCCUGUAGUUUACCUUUCCUGUGUUACAGUGUCAUUCUGACCCUCCCUCAGGCUCAUGCAUACGUCCCGCUUGUAUCGACCAAUGGGAAAACUCUGACCCUCUUACUGUCACACCUAAUCAUCCUCACUCUGUUACCCCGGUUACUAUUGUUAUGCAGUCCUGACAACUCCGAGUUUAACCAAUCUGAGCCUUCAGUGAAGCAGAAAACCAGUUACGUAGUUGUAAGAGUUGCUUACUCUUGUUCUUUGUUGUAAGUUUUGGUUUUAUGCGGACAUAUUGUGAUAUCUGAUGUAAAAUAAAAAUAAAGUCAGAGUAUGAUUCAACA